CAAACUGAGAGUGAUUCUGAAAAAAAGGCAGCAAUAGCAAAUUCAAAACAUAUGGCUAAGAAGCAAGCAAAGAAAAAAAUUGAAUCUGAUAUUGAUGAAUCUGAAGAUGUUGAAUCCGAACUAUUAGAAGAUAAUAAUACA